UAUGUGAGGAAAGGCUGAAGUGAAAACAACCGUGGUCAGGGUGGGACUCUGAAGGCCGACGGCUUCUCGUUUCCUCACAGGAUUCCCGUACCUAAUUACUUCAAGAUCCCUGGCCACAUGUACGUUUUAAAGUAAUCAAUCGAUUUCGGGUGGAUAUUCGUGGAAAGUUGGGAGAAGUUAGAUCAGAAAUCCGUGUGAAAAUCGAGUUAAAAAAAAAGCAGACAUGGAUGAAAAGGCGUUCACGAAAGAGCUGGAUCAAUGGAUCGAACAGCUAAACGAGUGCAAACAGCUCUCAGAAAGCCAAGUCAAGAGCCUCUGUGAGAAGGCUAAAGAAAUCCUGACCAAGGAGUCUAACGUGCAGGAGGUGAGAUGUCCGGUCACGGUGUGCGGAGACGUUCACGGCCAGUUUCAUGACCUCAUGGAGCUCUUCAGAAUCGGAGGAAAGUCACCUGACACGAACUACCUGUUCAUGGGAGAUUAUGUGGACCGAGGCUAUUACUCUGUGGAAACCGUCACGCUGCUCGUCGCUCUCAAGGUACGGUACCGCGAGCGCAUCACAAUCCUCCGAGGGAACCACGAAAGCAGACAGAUCACACAGGUGUACGGCUUCUACGACGAGUGCUUACGGAAAUACGGCAAUGCAAAUGUUUGGAAAUACUUCACAGACCUCUUCGAUUACCUUCCCCUCACUGCCUUGGUAGAUGGUCAGAUAUUCUGUCUCCACGGAGGAUUGUCACCGUCCAUAGACACUCUUGAUCACAUCAGAGCGCUGGAUCGUUUACAGGAAGUUCCUCACGAGGGACCCAUGUGUGAUUUACUGUGGUCUGACCCGGAUGACCGUGGAGGCUGGGGUAUUUCUCCUCGAGGUGCGGGAUACACUUUCGGGCAGGACAUCUCCGAGACGUUCAACCAUGCAAACGGCCUUACACUGGUCUCUCGAGCUCACCAGCUGGUGAUGGAGGGUUACAACUGGUGCCAUGAUCGCAACGUGGUGACGAUCUUCAGCGCGCCGAACUACUGUUACCGGUGUGGCAACCAGGCGGCCAUCAUGGAGCUCGACGACACCCUGAAGUACUCGUUCCUGCAGUUUGACCCGGCGCCGCGCAGAGGAGAACCACACGUCACCCGCCGAACCCCCGACUACUUUCUGUGAAUCUCACAGUAUUGCCAUGAUAUAAUAACCUUCAUUCAGUUUAAAAUAAGAGGAGAGGAAUGGUGGGCAACAGUAUAUAUAUAUAAAAAAAAAGAUUAAA